AUGUUUUAUUUUUGCGAUUGCAGUGACGUAGAUGGAGAAAAUGGUAUAUAUGCGAUAUCUCCAGGUGAGGGUCCACCACUUUUGGUUUCUUGCGAUAUGGUAUCACCACCCGGUGGAUGGACAAUAGUACAAAGAAGAAUCGAUGGAUCACAAGAAUUUAAUAGAAAAUGGAAAGAAUAUGCCGUAGGAUUUGGUACGCCAUCGGGUGAAUUUUGGUUGGGUAACGAAGCAUUGCACAGAUUGACGAUGGAAAAUUGUUCGUCACUAAGAAUCGAUUUCACGGAUAUCUACGAUAAAAAAUGGGUUGCCGAAUACGAGGGUUUUUACAUAUCGAACGCAGACGACGGAUAUAGGAUACACGUGUACGGUUAUAGCGGAAACGCGAGCGACGCAUUAGAAUAUCAAAAUAAAAUGCAAUUCAGCGCCGUGGAUUCCGAUAGAGACAUAAGUAAUACUCAUUGCGCUCAAAAUUACGAGGGGGGCUGGUGGUUUUCCCAUUGUCAACACGCUAAUUUAAACGGUAGAUACAAUUUAGGUUUGACGUGGUUCGAUGGUACGACAAACGAAUGGAUAGCCGUUUCAUUUUCCGAAAUGAAAGUUAAAAGGAGAAAAAAUUGUGUGACGUGA